GUUUCUCAGCGUCCGUUUUGUUGCUGUUGGAAAAGCAAAAAAAACAAAAAAAACAAACAAACUCAGCACCAGGCAGAAAUGGUGACAUUUAUGUCACACAACAUGGACUGUUGACUAAACGAGGGUAAGUAAUUCCAGCAGAAGCCAUCAGCAUCUUCAGGACUCAGCUGUGUGUCCAUGAGCUGUCUGUGUAUACACUAAUAUUCAAACAUGGAGACCCCUGACCUGGACACAGAUGAUGUGACUCCACCCUCAAAAAAACAUAAACACCAGAGAAAGAGAUCAGACUCACCGGAACCCAGCUGUGUCUCCAUGAAGAGUGAUGCGUCUAUGCAUUCUCCUCUGUACUUUAAAAAUGGAAACCCCUCGUCUGGACACAGUAAACUACAGAGAAAGAGAUCAGACUCACCGGAACGCAGCUGUGUCUCCAUGAAGAGUGAUGCGUCUAUGGAUUCUCCUAAGAACUUUAGAGAUAGAGACUCCUCAUCUGUACACAGUGUUCUACAGAAGUCAGGAGACAGAAGAGAAAAGAACAUCACAGCUACAGGACACGACCCAGAACCUGCUGCUGUAAAUGAAUUCCAGAAAAUGUUCAAAUUAAAUCUGAUGAAGAAAUUUCAGUGUUUAAAUGGAGUGAUGAUAAACCUGGAAAACCGAACACUAGUGAAUGAGAUCUACACAGAGCUCUACAUCACAGAGGGAGACAGUGGAGACGUCAAUAAAGAACAUGAGGUGAGACAGAUCGAGGCAGUAUCCAGAAGAACAACAACAGAGGAAACACCAAUCAAAUGCAAUGACAUCUUUAAGGCGUUACCUGAUCAAGAUGAACCCAUCAGAACUGUGCUGACAAAGGGAGUCUCUGGCAUUGGAAAAACAGUUUCUGUGCAGAAGUUCAUUCUGGACUGGGCUGAAGGGAAAGCAAAUCAGGAUGUCCACCUCAUUUUUCCACUUCCUUUCAGAGAGCUGAAUUUGAUGAAGGACCAGAAACUGAGUCUGAUGGAUCUCCUUCGUGUCUGUUUUAAGGAGACAAAAGAAACAGAAAUGUUCAGUUUGGAAAAGGUUCUGUUCAUUUUUGAUGGAUUGGAUGAGUAUCGUUUUCCUCUGGAUUUCCAGAACACAGAGAGAGUGUGUGAUGUAACUGAAUCAGCAUCAGUGCUUGUGCUGCUGAUAAACCUGAUCAAAGGGAAUCUGCUUCCCUCUGCUCUCAUCUGGAUCACCUCCCGACCAGCAGCAGCUGAUCAAAUCCCCUCUGAGUGUGUCCAUCGAGUCACAGAGGUACGAGGGUUCAAUGACCCACAGAAGGAGGAGUACUUCAGGAAGAGGAUCAGUGAUCAGAGCCUGGCCAAUAACAUCAUCACACACCUGAAGUCAUUAAGAAGCCUCUACAUCAUGUGCCACAUCCCAGUCUUCUGCUGGAUUUCAACCACUGUUCUAGAGAGAAUGUUGGAUGAAGCAGAGAAUGGAGAGAUCCCCAAGACUCUGACUCAAAUGUACACACAUUUCCUCAUCAUUCAGACAAACAUCAUAAGAGAAAAGUACUCAAAGAAGCAGGAGAGUGGUGAAGAAAUGCUUCUCAAACUGGGACGACUGGCUUUUCAGCAGCUGAAGAAAGGCAACCUGAUCUUCUACGAGGAAGACCUGAGAGGGUGUGGCAUUGAUGUGAGAGAAGCAGCCGUGUACUCAGGUGUGUGUACACAGAUCUUCAGAGAAGAGUUUGGACUUCACCAGAGUAAAGUGUACUGCUUUGUUCAUCUGAGCAUUCAGGAGCAUCUCGCAGCUCUGUAUGUGCACCUGACAUUCAUGAUGGAAAAGAGAAAUGUUCUUAAACAGUCCUCUGACCAGUUGACUGAAGAAAUUACAAUCUCAGCUGUCCACAAGAGUGCUGUAAAUCAGGCCUUAAAGAUUCAGACUGGACAUCUGGAUCUUUUCCUCCGCUUUCUUCUGGGUCUCUCACUGGAGUCCAUUCAGAAACUCUUACAUGCCUUAGUAACACAUACAGGAAGUAGCUCCCAGACAGAACAGAGGAACACAGCACAGUACAUUAAGAUGAAGAUUAAUGAAGAUCUUCCUACAGAGAAAUCCAUCAAUCUGUUCCACUGUCUGAAUGAACUGGGGGACAAUUCUCUAGUGGAAGAAAUCCAACGCUACCUGAAAUCUGGAAAACAAAGUGAACUCUCUUCUUCACAGUGGUCUGCUCUGGUGUUUGUCUUACUGACAUCAGCAGAGGAACUGGAGGAAUUUGACCAGAGUAAAUAUAUCUCUACAGAUAAAAUAAGAGAGGAGAUUCUUGUGAAGGUGAUGCCUGUGAUUGCAGCAUCCAGAAAAUCAAUUAUCAGGUGUGGUACAAUUCAAGAACGUGGUUGGUCAGCUCUGGCCUCAGUGCUCAGCUCAGAAACCUCCAAUCUGAGAGAACUGCAUCUGACUGUGGAUACACUGGAUCUGACUGUGGAUACACUGGAUCUGACUGGGAGUAAUCUAGGAGACUCAGGAGUGAAGCGUCUCUCUGCUUUACUGGAGAAUCCUCAGUGUAAAGUAAAAAAUCUGAAGUUGCAGUGUUGUCGUGUCUCAGAUGAAGGCUGUACUGCUCUGGCGUCAGCUCUGAGAUCAAACCCCUCACACCUGAGAGAACUGUAUCUGUCUGGGAAUAAUCUAGGAGACUCAGGAGUGAAGUGUCUCUCUGCUGUACUGGAGAAUCCUCACUGUAAACUGGAGAUACUGAAGUUGGAGUGUCGUGGUGUCUCAGAUGAAGACUGUGCUGCUCUGACUUCAGCUCUGAGAUCAAACCCCUCACACCUGAGAGAACUGGAUCUGUCUGGGAAUAAACUAGGAGACUCAGGAGUGAAGUGUCUCUCUGUGGUACUAGAGAAUCCUCACUGUAAACUGGAGAUACUGAAGUUGUAUAAUUGUGAUAUCUCAGAUGAAGGCUGUGCUGCUCUGACUUCAGCUCUGAGAUCAAACCCCUCACACCUGAGAGAACUGGAGCUGUCUAGGAAUAAACUCGGAGACUCAGGAAUGAAGUGUCUCUCUGCUGUACUGGAGAAUCCUCACUGUAAACUGGAGAUACUGAGGUUGUGGGAUUGUGAUAUCUCAGGUGAAGGCUGUGCUGCUCUGGCUUCUGCUCUGAGAUCAAACCCCUCACACCUGCGAGAACUGGAUCUGUCUUGGAAUAAUCUAGGAGACUCAGGAGUGAAGUGUCUCUCUGCUGUACUGGAGAAUCCUCACUGUAAACUGGAGAUACUGAAGUAAGAUCAUCUCUCUGA